UGUUGAUUUUGUUGCUAAGUGACGCUACAACGUUGACCGUAGUCCAAUCACUGUUAGGGAAAGACAUCACAUGCUUUAAACUGACCAACCAGAGAGACGCUAGCGUUACUACUACCUGUUGAGGUUUAUCAAAGUCUGUAGACCUCGCGUUAUUCUGCAUCUAAACAAACCCCGAGAUUCCUUCAAUGAAACAUACUUUCAAGUCUUGAUGAACAUCUUUUGGUUUUUCAUAUGAGGAAAGCCAUGAGAACUCGCUCAAGUUCUCCUCCAAUCCAUUUGCACAUUGGGGAAGACACACCGGUCCACGUGCACGUGAAGAGCAAGAGGACGACCCAGGGGAAGACCCAGGUCAACAGAGUUAACCUCCUCCCCACAGCCAAGGUCAAAUCUCGGGUGCCAUGGAUACCACCAGGAAAGGCCUCGGUACGGGACGCUUCAUACAAGUGGGAGGGGCCAACACACUGCCUUGAGAUCGCACAAGCACUCCCUGAACCAGGAGCUGAACGGUCCCAGUCUGUGCUGCGACUAGCUGACCUCACCUCAGAGGAACAAGAAGAAGGGCUGCACGGGCGAAUCAGCCAGUAUGAGAGGAAGAUUGACAGCUUACUGACUGAAGUCAGCUCUCUAAAAAACGAGGUGGAGCUGCGGAAGAAGGAGCAGCUGCUGGAGCGCCAGUCGGAGCGGCUGAGCGUCUCCCAGCGCGUGAUCGCCGACCAGGAGGAGGAACUGGCUGAAGUAGCCAAGGAGCUGGAGGAGACCGAGCGGGAGAACACGCACCUACGGCAAUCCAUGGAGAAGAUGCUCGAGGAGACCGACCACAUCAGGCGCGACGGGGACGACAUGCAGCAAGACAAAGAUGCUCUGCACAGGAAGCUGCUGGAGGCCGAGGUGGACGGGACAGCAGCUGCCAAACAAGUCUCAGCCCUGCGAGAAACGGUUUCCAGACUGUGCGGGGCUGUAGGCGGUCUCUCCCCCUCUGACUCUUCGGUCUUGGACCGUCAGAAGGAGCUGCUGCUACAGAAACUGGAGACAUUUGAAGCGACAAACCGAACUCUGCGCCACCUUCUCAGGGAGCAGCACGGGUCCCAGAAGGAGUCGCUCCGAUGGUCCGAGCAGAAGGAUGCAUUGCUCCAGAGACUGGCAGCCACGGAGGCAGACAAUGCUCAUCUUGUGGUGAAACUUCAAGAGAAGGACAGAGAGGUUAAUCAACUCUCCAAACAUAUAGACACUGAAAAGCACAAUGCAAAGAGCGCAGCUGAUUUGUCGAAGAGUCUGGAGUCGACCAGAGCUCAUUUACAAGGACAGCUGCGGAACAAAGAAGCUGAAAACAACCGUCUCUCUGUGCAAAUAAAGAACCAGGAGCAAGCAGCCAGCCAGCAGAAGGGGGUAAUGGAGCAUCUGAAGGAGCAGCUGGUGAGGCUGAAGCAGCAGGCCGGUGCUGACCGGGAGGCUCUGAAACAGGCCACGCGGGCCCAGAAGCAGCGAGCGCAGCGCAGCGAGGACACUGCUGGCCAGCUGAGCCUCCAGCUACUGGACCUGGAGAAGCAGGUGGUGGAUGCACUGUCAGCAGCUGAGUCCUGGCAGAGUCACCAUGCUCAAGAGGUGAAGGAGAGGAGUAAACUGGAGACUGAAGUGUCAUGGCUGAACAGCCGUAUAGCAGAGGUGACUCAGCAGCUGCAGACUGCAGGGGACAAAGGCAGAGCGGAGAGAGAGGCUCUGCUGGACUCCUUGCAAAGACUGACCACAGAGACCACUGCUGCCCAACUGGAGAAGCAGUCUCUCAAGGCCACAUCGUCUGCAAUGGAGGAGAGGCUAGCCUUGUCUCAGUCCGAGCUCCAGCAGGUCAAAGUCUCAAUCCAGCAAUAUGACAGCCUGCUGGACAGCUAUAAGAUGCAGUGGUUUGAGGCUCAAGCCACUAGUUCUUCUUUCCAGGUUGGGAAGACCCGGGCCGAAGCGGAUGACUACCGCGCACGGCUGGCUCGGGCGCAGCAGGAGGCCCAGCUGGUGCGCAGGGAGCUGGAGCAGGAAGUAGAGGCGGUGCGCAGCGAGCUUCUGGGGCGGCUGGCGGCCUUGGAGCAUCUUCCCGAAGCCUUACGGCGCUCUGAACUCCAGCUGCAGGAGGCACAGGACAGGGAGCGCAGCCAGGAGAGACGCAGCACGGAGCUCAGCGCCACCUUGACCGAGCUGCACAUGAAGGUGGAGACCCAGUGCAGCCAAGUAGAGCUUCUAAGGCAGAAGAACAAGGUGCUGCUGGAGGAGAACCGACAGCUUCAGCAGCGCGUGGAGAGCUUGGAAAGAAAGCUGGGUGAGACUGGCAGUCAGAAAAGCGACCUUCUCGCACUCAUCGCCAAACGGGAAGACACCAUCCAAAGCGAACAGCGCCGCCUAGAAGAAAAAAAGAGAGAAUGUUGCCUCUUGAGCCGACAGCUGGAGGAGGCUCUGGGGGAGGCUCACCAACAGAUGUCAGAGAGCAGAGGCCUUGCUGCCACCAAAGAGCGCUCCACCCAGUACAAGAUAUUGGACCUAGAGGCUCAGCUUAGCAGGACUACGUCAGAAAUCAAUCAAGUUCGACGCAGCAAGGAGGAGGUGGAGAGGCGGUACCAGAGCCGACUACAGGAUAUGAAGGAUCGUCUGGAGCAGUCCGACAGCACCAACCGAAGUCUCCAGAACUACGUCCAGUUCCUCAAAGCCUCCUACGCCAGUGUGUUUGGGGACUUGGCCUUAGACAGCUCACUGCGCACCGCCUCACCCGUCUGACACCCGCCUGUCAGCGCUCUGUUAUAAGCUCUCAUUCGCUGCUUUUAACAGGAGUUGUAAUAUUAAAGGCCUUAAAUGAAGGAUUCUAAAAUGUCUUUAGUGGCUUUCCACCAUCUCAUGUAAACUCAGGGCAUGAUAUUCUUAAGACAAAGCAUUUGUUAAAGAUCUUGAAGAUUCAUCUUUCAUUUUACUCGUGCGUAUUUUACCCAGUGCUUUAAUGCACCAUCGCCUAGUACUUUCAAGGCUCAAAUGUUGAUCCUAAAACAAAUGAACGUGGUUGGGACCAUGACCACCUGGCUAUUUACGAUGUAUCAGCUCAUCGAGCUGUUUACCUUCCAGCUGACAGUAACGAACCCACACUGUCUUACUACGUAAAGAGAGAGACAUCAUCUUUGUCCUAAUGUUUGUGAUACUGUGAACAACCAGCAAUGAACUGCUGGCACAGCUGGUCAGAUGAAGGGGCCGCUUGGUGAAACAUUGUGGUUGCCCUGAUGACAUUCCAGAGCGUUUAUGGUUCACAGCGCUUCAUCCAAGCCGCUGCCUUAGCGUCGCUCCCAUCGGGAUGUUUAAGACUGCAGGAAGCCAGUAAGCCGACCAAAGUCCAACUAGAGCCUUCCAGUGCCACUCCUCCACUAUGCAAAAGUCAGUCAUGACACACUGAACAAAAGUAAGGCGUUGUUGUAUAAAAAAUGUUAUAGACAUGAAGGUUUGGAUCUGAAAGUUAGUGUUUUAUUUGUCAAAAUCAAUAAGAAUUGCUCCUCUUCAUCACCCCUUUAGUCUUAUUGUCAACUCACAGAGGUAAUAUUACCAGUUAACAGACCGGUAAUAUUACCAUGAGAUUUACUAAAAGUAUUGAUUUGUGUCCUUGUUUACAUGUAAACAAUUCUGUUGCACAUUAUGUGGCUCUAUGUGCUUUAUUGUAUUUGUGCUCUUUGGUUGUACAGAACUGAAAAUUGGCAUUGAUUUGAUGGCAAAUUGAUAGCAUUGGUGCUAUCACAGGGCAGUGUGUGUCAAAAAAUCCUUUUGGAUGUACAGUUUCCUACACUAUAUUAUUGCAAUAGUUGUUGCUUAGCCAUCAAGUGUAUUCAUUCACUGAAUAAUUGAUGCCCACUAUGGGUAACUUUUAAAAGCGUCAAUAAAACUACAAUGUUUUUCCA